AAAUAUAAAAAGAAAAUGUCUGCUCUCCGAAGGAUUUCGUCCGAAAGACGAAGCGUCGUUAGCGUUAGCGAUACUACCCCACUGCUCCACGACCAUCACCGCUACCGCCAUCUACGAUCGUCUUUGUCCCUUAAAGUUUCCUCUUCCACCGCAGGAAUGGACACCGCUACUUCGCUGCCUCGCUCUGUCUUCCUCGGCGUUGACGUCGGCUCCGGCAGCGCCCGCGCUGGUCUCUUUAAUGAGGAUGGGAAACUUCUAGGUUCUUCUAGCAGCCCGAUACAGAUUUGGAAAAGUGGUGACUUUGUUGAGCAAUCUUCAACUGAUAUUUGGCUCGCAGUCGGCACUGCAGUAAAAGCAGCAUGCUCUCUUGCUAAUGUUACUAGGAAUGAUGUAAAGGGUCUGGGUUUUGCAGCUACUUGUUCUCUUGUUGCUGUUGAUUCUGAUGGCGAACCUGUCACAGUUUCUUUGAGUGGUGAUGCUAGAAGAAAUAUCAUAGUGUGGAUGGACCACAGAGCAGUAAAACAAGCUGAAAGGAUCAACUCCUCUAACUCACCAGUAUUACAAUAUUGUGGUGGUGCUGUUUCCCCUGAGAUGCAGCCACCAAAGCUUUUGUGGGUUAAGGAAAACCUGCAAGAAUCUUGGUCUAUGGCAUUUCGGUGGAUGGAUUUGAGUGAUUGGCUAUCAUACAGAGCAACAGGAGAUGAUACUAGGAGCCUGUGCACUACUGUAUGCAAAUGGACAUAUCUUGGUCAUGCUCAUAUGCAGCAGAUCAAUGAGAAAGAUUCUCGCAAUAUGGAAGCUUGUGGAUGGGAUGAUGAAUUUUGGGAGGAGAUUGGCUUAGGUGAUCUUGUUGAUGGGCACCAUGCUAAGAUAGGACGAAGUGUUGCUUUCCCUGGCCAUGCUUUGGGCUCUGGUCUAACCCCCGUAGCUGCCAAGGAAUUGGGUUUGGUGGCUGGGAUACCGGUAGGUACUUCACUAAUAGAUGCUCAUGCAGGUGGCGUGGGGGUAAUGGAAAGUGUGCCUAGAUCUGUUAUUGAACCUAAAGGUUGUUUUGUCAGCUAAGUUAAUUUUG